UAACUUUAUAGGACUUAUUGGGCAGCAUAAGAAUGGCUUAUCACGUAGUGUUGCAUCAACCUACCAUUCCCAGAAGACGGUAAAUAUGAGUUUACAAAGAUCCCAUCGGAGAGUGCCAAUUCCAAAUUUGAAAACUUCAUAUUCUAAAGUUAAUCGUACCCAAUCACAAAGCACUCCUAAAAUAUGUGUAGAACCUCCAGCAACUAUUGUGAAAAUAGAACCCAAAGUUCAAGUCCAAAUGUCAACAGCUCCUAGAAAUCUGCAAGUUAUACAUGUUGAUAAAGUGAAACACAAGGAACAUUCACUCCCUGAAACAUUAAAAGUGGCAGGUAAUGUUAAAUCAGUUCACAUAAAUCCUAACUUCUUUACUAAUGUUAAAAGUAAUCAGCGAGAAAUUGGUUCUCUCCGUUGCAAAUCAGUUCAUAUAAAUCCAAGGCUUUUGGACAAAGUUGCAAAUAAUGCCACUACAGAUUAUAAGAAAAUUUUACGUAAAUGUCCUGAAAUCAUGACUAAUGAACAUCUGGAAAGCACUUCACAAUCUGAAAGAGAACAGUGUGUUCCAUUAAUUGAGCCAAGUAUUUCCAAACUUCAACCUACAGAGGUUACUCCAAAAGUUUCAUCAGAGAAGGUAACAAAUAUAUCAGUGCCAAUACGAACUCCCACAUCAAGAAAAAAAUAUGUUUACCGCAGCAAGACAAAGUUGGUGAAAGCUCUUGUGAACAGUACAGUAACCUGUAAACCAAGCAGGAAAGCAGUAACCCCGACAAAUAUCCAGGGAGUUACAAAAACCAUUAAAACUCCCCAUGGAGGAACAUUGCUUGCAGUUAGCCGAACCAAACUUGUCCGAUUACCAGGAAAAACCCGUCGAUCAAGCUCAUCGAAAUCUGAUACUACAAGUACCUCCCAGACAGUAACCAAAUCUCGGUAUCGCCUGCGACGUAUGUCAGCAUCUUCUCAAUCAUCUCCCCUUAUUCGCACUGCACGUAAGGUGUGUUCAAAAUAUAAAAGUACUGCAAUCAUGACUGUUUUGGGGGUGAAUUCAAAGUAUCAUCUGGAUCGUAGAACAGCAAAAACGAUUCGGAAGGGAAAGCCUAGUAGUGGUCGAAGUCAGUACAAAGUGGACCACCGCACAUCUACACCUCCCAAGUUAAGUCGGGUCCACAGCCACCUGCUUCUUUCUCCCCUCAGAAAAUCACCUUUCUGUAACCGGACUUGGACAUGUGCUGGAACUCCUCGUGCAACUCAAAAAGUUGCCAUCUCUCAUAAGAAGCUUUCAAGGAU